AUGGAUUUGUUAAGAAAUCUAUUACGCAACACCGUCGGAAAAAACACCGAAACCGAAGAGAUGUUGACUGUUAAUUGCAAGGAAUUGGCGAUGGAGAUACACGACAUUAUUGAACAAAAAAAUAAUUUGGUUUUGCAAUUAAAAGAGCAACUCAAUGAAAAAUGUAAUAUAAUAACUGAGUACGAUGAACUAAGAAAAAAAUUGAAAUGCGAGAUAGACAGCGCGUACAAAAAAUACGAAGAAAUAAAACUAACGAACAAGAACACUGACGAUAAAUGCAUUAACGUAACUAAAGAUAAAGAAAUUCUGCAGAGAAAAAUACUUUGUAUGGAAAAAAUAUUAGCAAAAAAAGAUGUCGAGAUAGCCCAAACGAAACUUGAUAAUACUGAACUUACUAGAGAAAUAAUUAAAUUACAGUCUGAAACAAAAUCUAUGAAAUAUACGUGUGAUGAAUUAUCAGAGAAAUUAAAAGACCGCAAUGAAAAACUUGUCGAGCAAACCAAAAUAAACGAUGAGAGGAAUUAUGUUAUAAAAGAAUUGGAAACCAAAGCAAAAUGCCAGGAAGAAUUAUCAAAAAUCAAGAUAUUCAAUAUCGAAUGCGAAUCUAAUAGACGUGAGGAUGAAUUGCGUGAAAAAUAUAAUGAGUGUGGCGAACUUAAAGACCAAUUAAAGGUCUUAAACAUAACUUACGCAGAUUUAUUGUCACAGUUUACCGAUUUAAACGAUAAAUUGAAAAUUAAGACCAAUGAAAAUGUAAACUUAGCGUGCAAAAUCGAACAAAACACGUGUGUUAUAAACGAUUUGAAAUGUAGAGUUACCUGCGAGGAAGACAGUUUAAAAACUAAAGAUUCUGAGAUAUUGCAAUUGAAACGCGAAUAUACUCAACACGAGAACGAAAUGCGCGAAAAUUACGAAAGCCAGUAUAAUGAAUUACAUUCCAAAUUAAAAGAUUUAAAUGAAAAACACAGCCGUCUAUGUGUUCAGUUCACCGAUCUAAAAGAGGAAAUGGAAAAGAAGGACGACGAAAACAGAAAUUUGGCUACGCAAAUCGACGAACGAAACAAGAAAAUAAUAAAUAAUGAAUCGGCUAUAAAAUGUUUAGAAAACAAAUUCACCGUCGCGGAAGAAGCGUUAAAAAGUAAAGAUUCCGAAAUAGUCCGAAUGAGGCGCGAACAUACUCAGCGUAUGAACGAAUCGGAUAAACGUUAUGAACAUCAAUAUAGGGAAUUUCAACGCGAGUCUAAGGACAUUAAAAACAAAACGGAUAACGAGAAGUCACUGUGCAAUGUUCUGAACGCCGGAUCGAAAAUGAAAAAUAACGGAACUGGAAACCCGGCGGUAAAGCUCGACGAGGUGGUAAAGCUCAUUAAGUUUUCACAGAGCUAAUUCGAAUUACCAUAUGUUCACCGUGUUCGUUUGUUUCAGAACCGGGGUCGAGCAGGAAAGAAAGCGGUGAGAGGACUAUCGUCGAAACUGUUGAGAGAUAUGGGAUUCGAAUUGGACAAAAAAGUGUUCGGUAGUUGUACCCCGUCGGGAUCCAGCGGGAGUAUGAUGGAUUUCAAUUUCGAGGCCAAAAUUUGUACCGCUUCGCGUAUGUACGAGAGAAGGUACAAAUAA